AUGCGUUUCCAGGCACCUCAGCUCGGCGCCCUCGGCGUGACCUUCAUAGCUUUCCGGGCGAUGCAAUUUGCUUCGCUCAUCGCCAUCAUCGGCAUAACCGCCAACUUCAUCAAUGAGAUCGUAACCUUGGAACGCGACGUGCCGGACGUGCUGGUUGGCACCCUUGCCGUGGCAAGUAUCGCAACGCUUUACGUUUCGAUUUCAUACAUCCUGUACUACGACGAGCUUCUCCCUCUUCUAAUCGCGAGCGGGAUAGAUCUAGCGCUCCUCGUCGCCGCUAUCGUAGUCGCAGUCACUAUUGGAAAGCCCCUAUCCUUACUUAAGUGCGAGCUGCUUCCACAGCCUAUCGCACAAACCCAAACAUUUACCGUGUCCAUCUCAGCUCGUAACUAUGCCUCAGCAGCUGCCAAGUACAACAACUACCUGGCUUUGAUUACAACCGACCAGCCGCACUGCUACGAGAUCAAGGCAGUCUGGGGUCUGAGCAUCGCGCUCUGCGUGCUCUUCGCCUUUUCCAGCGUCAUCUGCGUCGGACUGUGGCGCCGCACCAAGGCCACCGCCGCUGCUGCUCCUAAGGACAUCGAAGCUGCUGUAACUGAGAAAUCCGAGAGGGGCUUUGGUCCCCUGCAGCAGAAUUCGGGACCGACCGCUCUUGGAACUCGACUCCUUGCCGCCAAGGGUUCCGAUCGGUGGAUCCCCCCGCCCCAACCCGCGCGUCGCCCUCCUAUUUUUCGGUCUGUCGACGAAGAUACCCGACCGGUUCGGCUACCUCCAGUUAUAGUGAAUGCCAACUCAGGUCCGACCAUCUUCGGGGGUCAGCCUUUAGGGAGCAAUAUUUCCGCUCCGGCUCCAGUGAUGAUAGCCCCAUCCGCAGCCAGGUCCUUGAGCUCGUCCGGUUCAUCCGAGGAAGACUAUAUACCUAUCAUACACAAACCAUCUCACCGCAGUGUCAGCGAUAAGAAAAGAAUGCCCCAUCCUCCCAUCGCAGUCGUCAUCCCCCCAACCCCUAGCGACGACGGUUUCACGCCCAUCACGCCCACCCCUGCCUCGCCUAAGCUAAAGGACUACCGGCUUAGCAGAGUGCCCCCUUUACCCAGGGAUGCUCUCGGGAUACCAGUGGGGAGAAUGUUGGUCCGUGCGAAGAGUAGGAAGGUUCAGAUACAGCACGAAGACGACGAGGCGACACCUUUGAGCCCGACAAGGGGGCGAGAUCUAGAAAUGCAGAUGGCGGCUAAGCCGAAACCGAAGCGGAAGACCCUCUGGGGCGUGAUUGAGGGAUGGUGGGAUUUGGGCUUGCUCGAGAGGGGCAAGAGCUUAAGACGCAAGGCUUAA